AUUUGCCAAAGCAAUCUUGAUCUUUUGUGUAGAGUAAUGGUAGUUCUUGUCGUCAACUACAACAGUGAUGGGAGUAGAGAAGAAGCAAAGUUCUUGACUAGUACACAAAAGGACACCAGAACGGUGUACAACUCAGUUUUAUAAGGAUGGCUAGUAACGUUCUAGCUUCCCGAUCCCCGGCGUCGGGGGACGGCGACGUCGAGAUGCCGGACGCGAGCAGCGGCUCGGACCAGGAUUCGUUUUCGAACGAGUACGACGAGAAAAAAGCGGGUGAGCUCGGGGCCGUGCUGGGUGGCAUUGCGUCUCCGUUUGCUACGAGCUUCACCAUCAGGACCAGUGAUGGCGCGAUCCCCACCGUCUCGCUGUCCGCGACCGGGCAGCUGUUUCCGAUCUUGGCGCCUUCUUUCACCGAAUUGAAGUCUCCGCCGACCCAGUCUGGGAGCAUGUUGUACCAGCGAGAGUUUUCGGAGGACGAGAAAAAGCGCUACACCAUUUUACAGGACCAAAAAUCUCGUCUGGAACCGCUCUUGAGUCAGAUGCCGCAGGCGGCCUUCGGGCACGGUGCAGAGACCAAGCGGGAUGCUUCCAUCCGAGAUGCGCUGCAGCUCUCCAGUGACAAGUUCAGCGUGAAAGUCGGCGACGUUUUUCUUGCUGAUUUUUUGAAGCAGCAGGGAGCACUUCAGAAAAUCGGAAUUGCGCUGCAAGUUUCCACGCCGCUGGAAAUCGAGCUGUACUCCUUGAAUGUGUAUCAAAAAGACGGGCACUUUGUCAAGCACAAAGACACGCCACGGGGUGACGACAUGCUGGGAACGCUCGUUGUUUCGUUACCGGGAUGCUAG